AUGAAUAUGUUAUCCUUAUUUCAUACACACAAAAGUACGAUUUUGGAAAAGUAUCCAAAAAUUAUUUCCUAUAUACCAUGUGUGGAUAGACCAUUUUUCAAUAUUUACUUGUGGGACUAUUUUAACAGAUGGACUACUUUGAUCACCAAGGGUAGAUAUGUUCCUAAUGAAUUCUACUUUGUUCCUGGGGAGUUGCCCUUGAGUGAUAUAAAGCAUGUUAUUGCAGCUAUUGCGACGUACUAUGUUGUUAUAUUUGGCGGCAGAGCAGUGUUAAAGAACUCUGAGCCAUUUAAGUUGAACUUUUUGUUUCAAUUACACAAUCUGUUCUUGACUUGUGCUUCGCUGCUUCUUUUAGUUUUGAUGAUUGAGCAGAUAAUUCCUAUUAUAGUCAAUCAUGGGUUGUUUUAUGCUAUGUGCAAUAUUGGUACUUGGACUCAACCUCUCGUUACAUUGUAUUACAUGAAUUAUCUUCUCAAAUACGUUGAGUUUAUUGAUACUUUGUUUUUGGUGUUGAAACAUAAGAAGUUGUCCUUUUUGCACACCUAUCAUCAUGGCGCCACUGCAUUGUUAUGUUUCACGCAAAUGACAGGUAGUAGUACACUUUCAUGGGUUCCAAUUACCUUAAACCUUGCGGUUCAUGUUCUUAUGUAUUGGUACUAUUUCUUAGCAGCAAGAGGCAUUAGAGUCUGGUGGAAGGAAUGGGUCACAAGAUGCCAAAUCAUCCAGUUUAUUUUGGAUAUUGGCUUUAUUUAUUUUGCUGUAUACAUGAAGGUUGCUCAUGAUUAUUUCCCUAGUUUACCGCAUUAUGGUGGCUGUUCUGCCUCUACAGCGGCUGCGAUAUCCGGAUGUGCGAUCAUCUCUUCUUAUUUGUUCUUGUUUAUUGCAUUUUACAUUGAAGUUUACAGACGUAAGAAUACGAAGAAAUCUAGAGUGGUAAAGCGAGUUCGCGGAGGAGUCGCUGCAAGAGUUAACGAAUAUGUCAAUGUUGACGUGAAAAAUGUGGCUACGCCAUCACCUUCACCAAAGCCAAAGAACAAAAAGAAGAGUUUUAUGCGCUGA